AUGGCACCCAAGAAGACCGUAGAGAAGUGGCGAGAUGCUACCGACUCCUUGAGCUCAAUCUUAACAGAGUUAUCUCUGUCUGAGUUCUCAUGCGAGGAAGACAUAAACCUGUCCGUUCUCAAGUUUAGCUACAUCAACUUAGAAGAUCCUAAGUUCAGGCGUUGUUUCCGAUACUGUGCCUUGUUUCCUGAAAAUUAUGAGAUGAUCAAGGAGGAGUUAAUAGAGUAUUGGGAAUGUGAAGCUUUCGUUGAAGGCCGUGACCAGGGCCAAGAUGUUUUCGAUAAACUUGUCAGUGCACGUUUAUUGAUGGAGAACGAAGGAAAAGUGAGGAUGCACGAUUUGCUUCGUAAAACGGCUCUAUCACCAGAAGCUUAUGAUAGUGGCGAGAGAGCAGAGAUUGUAUACGUAAACCCUGACACAACACUGAUUCAAAUUUCUAGUGAUUUGAAUUGGUCUGUUGUGGAAAGGGUUUCACUGAUAAACAAUCAGAUCAAGGAGAUAUCUAGCAAUGACUCCAGCCCAAAUCUUACAACGUUACUCCUCCGCAAUCAAAUGGUGGAGAAUAUUUCUUGGGAUUUUUUUCUCCAGAUGCCGAAGCUACUGGUUUUGGAUUUAGCUUUUAACCAAAGACUUGCCCAACUUCCACCCAGCAUUUCAAAACUGCACUCCUUGCUGUAUCUUAAUCUAUCCUUUACCAACAUAGAGCUACUACCGGUGGGUCUGAAAGAGCUGACACAACUGAUGUAUCUGAAUUUGGAGCAUACUCUUAAUCUUGAGAAUAUCGUUGGGAUAAGGGCUUUGCUGAGACUAAGAGUGUUGAGACUACUGGGAUCCAGAUUUUGUCCAAACCUACACUUCAUUGAAGAUUUAACACACCUGGGCGAGAUAAGUGUCUUGACUAUCUCUCUAUAA